AUGCCACACGUCACCGACAAGCCGACAGCACCAGCUGUGAAAUUGGUCACUGAAGCCCUCGAUAAGCCGUCUCUUGACAAUCGACAGUACAGAGUUAUCGAGCUAGAAAAUGGCCUUGAGGCGUUGCUGGUGCAUGACGCCGAGACCGACAAGGCCAGCGCGUCGCUAGACGUUGGAGUUGGCAAUUUUAGUGAUGAUAAUGACAUGCCCGGCACGGCCCACGCUGUCGAGCAUCUAUUGUUCAUGGGUACGAAAAAGUUCCCGGAGGAGAACAAUUACAACCAAUACCUAUCGUCAAACUCGGGCAGCUCCAAUGCAUACACGUCAUCGACGUCUACAAACUACUUCUUCGACGUAUCUGCGAAGCCGCAUGCCGACGAAACUGUGUCUCCUCUAUACGGCGCUUUGGACCGAUUUGCGCAGUUCUUCAUCGAGCCUCUCUUUCUCGAGUCCACUGUGGAUCGGGAGCUUCGCGCCGUGGAUUCGGAAAACAAGAAGAACUUGCAAAAUGACCAAUGGCGAAUUCACCAGCUAGAAAAGUCACUGACGAACCCGAAACACCCGUUUUGUCAUUUCAGCACUGGCAAUCUGGAUGUUCUCAAAAUCGAACCCGAGGCCCGAGGCAUCAAUGUACGCCAGAAGUUCAUGGAGUUCCAUGACAAGUUCUACUCUGCAAAUCAGAUGAAGCUAGUUAUCUUGGGUCGUGAACCCCUUGAUACUCUAGAGACGUGGACCGCAGAGCUGUUUUCUGCCAUCCCCAACAAGCAUCUUGCGCCCAAUGAGUGGACCGAUGUGGUUCCAUACAGUCCAGAGCAUCUUGGUCUCCAAACGUUUGUCAAGCCAGUCAUGGACUCCAGAGACUUAACCCUCCGCUUCCCGUGUCCAGACGAGACACUUUUGUUCGACUCGCAGCCAAGCCGAUAUGUCAGCCAUUUGAUCGGGCACGAAGGCCCUGGCAGCAUCAUGUCCUAUAUCAAAUCGAAAGGCUGGGCGAACGGCCUUGGAGCUGGCAUGUAUCCCGUCUGUGCAGGCACGCCCGGUAUUUUCGAGGUGACAAUUCGCCUGACCGAAGAGGGCCUGAAAGAAUACAAGGAGGUGAUCAAGGUGUUCUUCCAAUACGUCUCGCUUCUACGUGAGGGCCCUCCUCAGGAGUGGAUCUUUGACGAGACGAAGGGCAUGGCGGACGUGGAUUUCAAGUUUAAGCAACAAACCCCUGCAAGCAGGUUCACAAGCAAGACUAGUGCCCUCAUGCAACGCCCUCUACCUCGUGAACGUCUUUUGAGCGGCAUGAAUUGUCUCCGCAAAUUCGAACCCAGCCUCAUCCAGCGUACGAUCGAUUGUUUGCGGCCGGACAACCUUCGAAUCACAGUGACAUCGCGCACGUUCCCCGGCGACUGGGACAAGAAAGAGAAGUGGUAUGGAACCGAGUAUAAGGAAGAGAAAAUUCCUGCUGAUCUUCUUGCGGCUAUUGAAGAGGCCUUUUCGAUCACAAAGGCCAACCGCAUCGCCAACCUCUUUCUGCCACAUAAGAACCUGUUCGUCCCAACGAAGUUAGAGGUCGAAAAGAAGGAGGUCAAGGAGCCUGCGCCCGCGCCCCGUAUUAUUCGCAACGAUGCUCUGGCGCGGACAUGGUUCAAGAAAGACGACACGUUCUGGGUGCCAAAGGGAACGCUCACAGUCAGCAUGAAGAACCCCAUCAUCUUCUCCGUUGCUGAGAACUACAUCAAGACCAACCUCUUCACCGAGCUAGUGCGUGACGCCCUUGAAGAGUACUCGUAUGAUGCCGACCUGGCAGGUCUUUUGUACAAUGUCUCGCUGGAGCAUCGCGCCUUGGUUAUAGAAGUUUCCGGAUACAACGACAAGCUGCCGGUGCUGUUGGAACAAGUGUUGAUCACGAUGCGCGAUCUGGAUAUCAAAGACGACCGCUUUGCUAUCAUCAAAGAACGGGCCACCAGGGCGCUACGUAACUACGGCUUCCAACAGCCAUACUACCUGUUGUCCAACUAUUUGUCGUGGCUGACAUCGCCAUUUGCCUACACAGUCGAGGAACUUGCCCAAGAACUGCCGGGCGUUACGGCUGAGUCGAUGCGCCGCUUCUCCAAGGAGCUGCUUGGACAGCUUCACAUGGAGGUUCAUGUCCACGGCAACCUGUACAAGGAAGACGCCUUGAAGCUGACGGACAUGAUCGAGUCGACGCUCCGGCCGCGGGCCCUGCCUCGUGCGCAGUGGCCCAUCUGGCGCGAGGUUGUCCUUCCCCGGGGAAGCAACUAUGUCUUUGAAAAGAAGCUGGAAGACAAGGAGAACGUCAAUCAUGCUCUCGAAUAUGUGUUGCAUAUUGGUGAUAGGGGUGACCGCACGACGCGUGCACGCACACUGCUCUUGGACCAGCUCACGCAAGAGCGGGCGUGGGAUCAGUUGCGGACAAAGGAGCAGCUCGGCUAUGUUGUGUUCAGCGGUGCUCGCUCCGGCACCAACACCAUGGGCUUCCGGUUCUUGGUGCAGAGCGAGAAGAUUCCCCAGUAUCUUGAGGAGCGUGUCGAUUCGUUCCUGACGGAGUACGCGGAGACUCUGGAGAAGAUGUCGGACUCGGAUUUCGAAGGGCACAAGCGCAGCCUUAUCGCCAAGCGUCUCGAAAAGCCGAAGAAUCUCUACCAAGAGACAUCGAAGCACUGGGUGCAAAUUAACAAUGAGUUCUACGACUUUGAAUAUGCCAAAAGAGACGCCGAAGAAAUCAAGCUUGUCACCAAGGCUGACAUGAUCGAAUUCUUCAACUAUUACAUUCACCCAGAGUCGAAGACGCGUGCUAAGCUCGCGGUGCACUUAGUGGCACAGGCGACGAGCGAUGUGACGACGAAGCAGAUCUCGGACCUGGUUAAGGACCUCGGCCUUGGCGAGAAGGCUGCCACUCAGGCGACUACGGAUCUGCAGGCGCGUUUGAGCGCUGCGAAGUAUGACGAAGCCAAGGAGGAGGAGAGCUUCAAAGACUACCUCACAAACACCUUGAGCGUUGCCGCAGACAAGAUCGAGGCGGCUGUGGACGCGUGGAAGCAGCUGUCCAAGUACCACAAGGCGAUCAGAGGCGCAGAGAAGACCGAGGAAAAGCACAAGAGCGGACCCAAGAAGGCCAUCAACGGUACAACACCCGUUCAAAUCAAAAACAUCCGCGAGUUCCGCAUGGGCGUAGCCCUUACGGGUGGUCCUCGCGCGAUAACAGAUAUCAGCGAGUUCCUAGAUGUUGACGCGAAGCUCUAG